AUGGGAGGAGUUUGCGUUGGGACCCACAAAACUUUUGCGUGUGCGCGUGUUUCGUCGCCACGCCUCUGUGCGUCCGUCCGCGCGUUGAUUUCAUACCAAACUCAUACUUGGCAUUCCGCCUUUUUUCUGUGGGUUGUGGCCGGAGCCGUCAUCAUUGCGUCGGAGUGGAGUUGCCGUGGUAGCCCUGAUGGGGCGCAGGAGGAGGGUGACGAUGGAGACGGACUGGCCGACGGGGCAGACCGCGGAUUGGAUGGGGACCCUGAGGGAGUGUGGAGUCCAGACAUUGAGCAGAGCUUUCAGGAAGCUCUUGCCAUCUACCCUCCCUGCGGCAGGAGGAAGAUCAUACUUUCAGACGAGGGGAAGAUGUAUGGUCGAAAUGAGCUGAUAGCUCGCUACAUCAAGCUACGAACAGGAAAGACACGCACACGCAAACAGGUGUCUAGUCAUAUUCAGGUUCUGGCACGUAAGAGGGUACGAGAAUAUCAGGCGAGCAUCAAGGCCAUGAACUUGGACCAGGUUUCCAAAGACAAAGCACUACAGACAGUAGCCAACCUCUCAUCAGCUCAGAUUGUGUCUGCUAGUGUAAUGAAACCCCAGACUCCCUUCCCUCCACCAGUCAGGUUUUGGCCCGGCCCCGUGCCAGGACAGCCUGGACAUUCUCAGGACAUCAAGCCCUUUGCACAGCCACCGUACACUACACUACCAGCCCCUGUCCCCACACCCAUCAGUUAUGAGCCCCUGUCUCCCCAUCGCCCUGCCGCUAUAGCAGCUCCUGUGUGGCAAGACAGAACCAUCGCCUCAGCCAAACUACGGCUACUGGAGUACUCUGCUUUUUUGGAGACUCACAGAGACAGAGAGACGUAUAAACACCUUUUCGUGCACAUUGGCCCAUCAAACCCAGGCUACAGUGAUCCUGUGUUGGAGUCAAUAGACGUGAGACAGAUUUAUGACAAGUUCUCUGAAAAGAAAGGAGGCCUGAAGGAACUGUACGAAAAAGGACCGCACAACGCGUUCUUCCUUGUCAAGUUCUGGGCGGAUCUGAGCAGUGACGUUGAGGAGGGUUCUGGCGCCUUCUAUGGUGUGAGCAGCCAGUACAGUGGAACAGAAAACAUCACCAUCAGCGUUUCAACAAAGGUCUGCUCCUUUGGCAAACAGGUGGUGGAGAAGGUUGAGACAGAAUAUGCACAUAUGGAAGGAGGGAAGUAUGUGUUCCGUAUCCAUCGUUCACCCAUGUGUGAAUAUAUGAUCAACUUCAUUCACAAACUCAAACACCUGCCAGAGAAAUACAUGAUGAACAGUGUACUGGAGAACUUCACCAUCCUACAGGUGGUGUCCAACAGAGAAACUCAGGAGACUCUGCUGUGCAUCGCCUUUGUGUUUGAAGUGUCCACCAGUGAACACGGAGCACAGUACCACGUUUAUCGACUAGUUAAUGACUAGCACGCUGCGUGCAUGCAGAGACUCUCCACAGACUUUUUGAUACAUACAGCAUAAACCCUGUUUCCAACUCAAACACACAGAUUCCCACUCCCGUACUGAAAAACACACUUGUUUUAACAGACCAACAGUCACACUGUAGUCACACCUGUGAUUUGUUUAAUGUGUAUGCAUCUCUAUUACUGCAAACUAUGCACACAUCUCUCAGCAACAUCCCAUGACUUAAACACUAAAAUAAUUUUGAAUGGGUGUUGACCAAAAUGUGGUCUUGGUGUCAAUUGUCACAUAUUAUUAUGUAGUUAUUCGGUCACAGAAAUGUCUUACACUGAAACUCAAAAUAUCACAGUUCAGUAUAUAUUUUAGUUAGUAUUUUAAUUCACUCCAGAAAAAGAGCCACACAACAUUAAAUCAAGUGUAAUAUGUGAUAUUCUUCCCUUGUAUAAAUAAUAUACAGUGAGAAUGUAGCUGCCACACACUAAAAAUUGAUAUCUUCAUUUCCAGGUUUAAGUUUAUACAUUUACAUCAUAGGUGUGACUGAUGUGGGACGAGUUUGAAUAUACUUUGGAAAAAACAAAGCAUUUAAUCAGUGUUAAUGUAAAUGCCACAAUGACUUUCUUCUACAGUUUGUAGUAUCACUUUAAGGUAGGAAUUGAAUGAGCCUAUAAUGGUGUAUCCUCUAUCACUGCUUGGUGUGGAUUCAUGAUCUUCAGUGUAAUCAACAUUAAGAACAUACUAAAGAACAUACGGCGCAAAGUAUGAGUGUGUGUCUUCCCAGAGUAUAAUGCACUACAUGUAAAGACGACAAAGUUGUAUUUAUAUUUGAAUGAAAACACUGUGUUAAAGUGCAAAGAGAGCAAUCACUUUAAGAGUAUUUUCUGUUUGGUGGUACACUUUGUAGAGGGAAAGCUCAUAUCUCAAGGAAGUGUUUAGUUUUGGCUAGUUUGUCUUUGGAAACAACAAUAGUUCAGUUCACACUUGGGUGUCAGCAGCAUUUUGAAUGAAAGAACAAUCUUCAAGUUUCAUGUACACAAUAAUGUUCUUACGUUGACUGUUUGGGCUUGCUGCAGUAUUUCUACCUCCACGUGAGUUGGGAUAAGAAUGUGCUUUGGUUCAUAAAGCCUUGACCCGAGGAGCACUGAUGUAUAGGAUGUGUACACUACACUUUUAAUGGUACUGUUUAUAAGCCAAAACAAGGUAAAUAUACUCAUUUUUGUAAAGAUGAAUGAUCUUUUUUUUGUAUUUUACCAGCACAGCUAGAAGUGUUACUCUAAACAUCAGAAAUGAUGGGUGUUUUAGUUGUCUCUUAUUUGUUUGUUUUUUUGAUGUAUGCAGAACAUGGUACAUACCACACUAAGGUCACCCACAGUGCACUGGGGUAGAGUUUUGCCUGAUAACACUAACAGAUUAUCCUGCUUACACUUGCUUCUUUUUUUUUUCUUUUCCUUCUAUGUAAUGUUUUUAAUUCUGGUACACAUAACUACCAGCAUUGUUUUUUAAUAGUAAAUGUUAUUUGACUCUGUCAUGUCCUCAUCCAGUGGCAGGACUAUCGUUAACCAUGUGGGGGGCGACAAUGAGUUGUCUUUUGACUUUGUAUUGUGAAAGUGAGAGCCGACAGGUUCACUUUUAAAUAACCAUAUUCACUGUGUGGUCAGCCAAAACUUGUAUUGUUUUUGUGUGUGUUGGCUGUGCCUCAUCACUCCUUUGGUCAAGUCUGCUCAGUGAAUUAAAUCUGUGCCUUUAUGCUGUACCAAUAAAAUCACAUGGUGUUUGCAGAA